GUACCAGUGUCUUCUUGUAGUGGGUUUCUUGCAGCCGACCGCAGCACCGCUUGCUCUCUCCUCUCCGUCAACCAUGGUGAACGUUCCCAAGACCAAGAAGACCUACUGUAAGAGCAAGGAGUGCAGAAAGCACACCUUGCACAAGGUCACCCAGUACAAGAAGGGGAAAGAUAGUCUGGCUGCUCAAGGAAAGCGCCGUUAUGAUCGCAAGCAAUCAGGAUAUGGUGGACAGACAAAACCCGUUUUCCACAAGAAGGCAAAGACUACAAAGAAGAUUGUGCUGAGGCUGCAAUGCCAGGGGUGCAAGCAUGUGUCCCAACACCCCAUCAAGAGAUGCAAGCAUUUUGAGAUUGGUGGUGACAAGAAGGGGAAGGGAACGUCUCUGUUCUAACUCCGUCAUUUUGUCCUAUUGCUUUCGUUUUCGUUUCUUGUUGGAACUCGAGCUAUAAUGAAUUCUUUUUCACAUUUUGCUACUAGUUUUAUAUGUCAUUUUCUGAUAUUAUGGUAAUCCUGAAACAUUGUUUGUGUUAUCAGAUAUCAGUUUUUAUAUUU